AUGGUGGAACUCUCGCCGGGCGCGAGCGUUGCUCUUGGAGUAAUGGUCGGCCUCGCCUCUACCAGCAUACAGAGCGUUGGCCUGACGCUGCAGCGGAAGUCCCAUCUCCUAGAGGAAGAGAAGGACGACGACGAUGAGAGGCGACCCCCAUACAAGCGGCGGAGAUGGCAGCUGGGCAUGCUCAUGUUCGUCGUGGCAAACAUCGUCGGCAGUACCAUCCAAAUCACCACCCUCCCCCUUCCCGUCCUCUCCACCCUGCAGGCAUCCGGCCUCGUCUUCAACUCGAUAUGUGCCUCCAUCAUCCUCAGCGAACCCUUUACGCGAUACUCCUUCGUCGGCACAAUGCUCGUUGCGAUAGGCGCAUUGCUCAUCGCCUUGUUCGGUGCCAUUGCGGAACCGUCGCAUAACCUGGAUCAACUGCUGGCGCUGCUGGGACGAAACACCUUCAUUGUAUGGAUGGUCAUGACGGGCAUAGUGGUUGUCAUGCUGGUUAUUGCCACUUGGUUACUGCACCGCAUGCAUCCGCGGACCACUCCUCGGCAACGCCUCGUACGCGGUAUCCUCUUCGGUUGUGUCAGUGGCAUCCUCUCCGCGCAUUCGCUCUUAAUCGCAAAGAGCGCCGUCGAACUCCUCGUCCGGACUCUCAUCGACCGCCAUAACCAGUUUGACCGCUGGCAGUCGUGGAUGAUCCUAGUCGGACUGGUCGUCUUCGCCCUGACCCAACUCUACUACAUGCAUCGCGGACUGAAGUUGGUUAGCACGAGCGUGCUCUAUCCCUUGGUCUUCUGCGUGUACAACAUCAUCGCGAUUAUAGACGGCCUCAUCUACUUCGACCAAAACGAUCGCCUGUCGAGUAUACACGCUGGGUUGAUCGCGCUUGGAACUGUUAUUCUGCUCGCGGGAGUUGUCUGUUUGAGCUGGCGACUUGAAGACAACGAGGAAGAGCCCAUGUCACCGGUAGCAAGCAAGCACACAGGCAGGGUUCCGAUGCCUCACAAUGUGCUGGAACCCGGUAUCGGCCUUGCGCAUGGCCAUAGCCACGACGAACCCGACUCACCUCUCGACAUCGACGAAGAAGCCCCAGGCGUUCACGGCUAUGCCUCCGAGCAAGCCAAACGGAAAGCGGUCGACGAAAGGACACCUCUGCUGGCCCGCGCUCCCACAGGUCCCGCGGUGACACUCGCCAAUCCGAAGAAGCGAGCAUCGGUAGACGCCGGUGACUUGAAAAGUCCUAUACAAUCCCGUAGAUUACCGAGGAGACGGCGGAUGACUAUCUCGGAGGAGACGAAUGAGAUAUGGGAUGAGCUCAACGAUCGAGAGACUCUGCCUUCUCCUGCUCGGCGAUCCGUGGAUUUAGAACGACGACCAAGAUCUGGGACUUUGCCUCCACGAAGGAAUGCUGCGCAGUCGGCGUGGCUCAAUCAGAUGCGUAGGCGGUCCUGGUUCGAAGGAUUCGGUAGCCGAGGCAGGAGCGUGUCGCAAGGAAAGAAGCCCGUGGAUAGCUCUACAUCACUUCUUGAUCAUCCCGAUCCAGAGGACGGCGAUAUCUCUGAUACAGACAUGGACGAAACAUCCCGGAGACGACAGACCUGGGGGUACGGCCAAGGGAGCAAAAGCCAAGAUAACUUGGGCGACUGGUUCAAGAUGAAGUGGUGGCGCAAGAAGUGGAAAGAGGACGAAGACCAUGAAGAAGAACGACCUGCAUGA